AUGGCGUCGUCUUUGUGCGACCACCCUGACCGCACCAAGACCCCUAUGCGUCCGAACCCAUCUCGGAAGGUACGAGUUGUAGCGAAGAUAGGGGGUUUUACGGGUCCGGAGGGGGAGCUAUCAAGUGAGGUUUCUUGGAUCUCUGUGAACAAGCCCAAGGGAGAGGCUUCUGAGAGUGUCACUCUCUCUUUCAGAGAACAGGAAGCAAGCCGUAAAGAAUCUUAUGAAGUGGACUACUGCUAUGAUCAAUAUGAAGACAAUAAUGUGAUUUUUUCGCGAGAAGUAAAGCCUCUAAUUCCUGGGAUUCUUGAUGGUUGUAAUGCCACUGUGAUUGCAUUUGGAGCAAGAGGCAGUGGAAAGACUUGCUUAAUUCAGGGUUCUAGUGAGAAACCUGGUUUGGCAGCACUAGCAAUGGCUGAGAUUCUUUCAAUGACUGAGAAAGAAGGAAAUUCAGUUACUAUAUCUUCCUAUGAGGUUUAUCAGGACCAUGUAUAUGAUAUCUUGGACCCAGAACGCAAAGUAGUUUUGGUACAGGGUGAUGCUCAAGGAAAAAUUCGGCUUAAAGGACUUUCUCAGGUUCCCGUGAAAUCCAUUUCAGAGUUCCACAAAUUAUGUGUUACUGGGUGUGGUUCCCGUAAACCAGCACAAAAGGUAGCAACUGAACUUCCACGUAGGAGCCACAAGGGCUUGAUAGUACAUGUAUCAUCUCCCAGUGAAAACUCAGAUACACUUCAUGUGGGCAAGUUGAAUUUUGUUGACUUGGCAGGUUAUGAGGAUACCAGAAAGAAAAGUAUCAAUGGCCUUAAUCUUGUUGAGAAUAGUAGAAUUCAUAAGACAAUGUAUGCCAUGUUAAAUGUUGUUCACGCAUUGAGUACCACAGAAAAUCAUGUGCCUUACCGGGAAAGCAAGCUCACACACUUAUUGCAAGACUCCCUGGGUGGGGCAAGUAGAGUUUUGAUGGUCACUUGUUUGAAACCAUCAUUCUGCCCAGAUUCCAUUUACAUGGUAAGCUUGGUGUCUCGCUCUUUUCAAAACAACAAUGGGGCUGUCAUAGACUCCACAAAGAAAACUAAGUGUUUGACAAGAUCGGCAGUGCUUUCAUCACGUAAGAUCCAUGUACCCAAGACCAUUUCUGUUACAGCAAAGAAACAAACCAUUUCCAGAGUGCCUCUUUCUGACAAGAAGAUCAAUGGUAGUACGGCAUCCGUAUUGAAAGGAAGGAAGCUAUUUGAUGAAACAAGUCAGUUGACCAAAUCGGAGAAGGUAAGUGCAAUCUCAGAUGUGGCCUCAACCACAGAAACUUCUCUAGAUAAAGAGGAAAUGUCCAUUUCAAAUGUUACCAAAGCAACAGAACAUCUAGAAUGUGUGAAUUCAUUAUCAGAUAAUUUGAAACCCACAGAAUUUACUUUUAUGGCUGAAAAGGACAAUUUAUUAUCAGAUGCUCCAAAGCAUGCAGAAAGUACUUUAAUGGCAGAAAAGGAUGUUUCUAGUAACAGUGGUGGUCAUACCGAGGAAGUUACUCCAAGUGUCAAUAGCAGCAGCAGAAAUACAUUGUCUUUAGUUGAAGUCCAUAACAUGGAGGAAGAGGAAAACAAGGACUCAGAGGUCAAUGAAGAAGAAUCGCCACCAAUAAGUGCAAGAUUACAAGAAUUAUCGAUUCAUUUGAAAUCACUCUUUUCUACAACUCCGUUGUGCACAAAUAUGCCAGAGGAAUCAAAUAAUUUGAAAUCACUCUGUCCUGCAACUCCGUUGUGCAUAAAUAUGCCAGAGGGGAAUGAUGCUUCAUCCUACAAUGACCGCUCUACUAACAUUGAAGAACCAAAAACUCCAGUUAUCAAUAAGGGUACGAAAGAUAAUGAUAGAUGGGAGGUUGGAAAUUUCAACAGCCCUUGGGAAACACUUAGUACGCGCAAUUCCAAAGUGAAGCAUUCCCUUGUCCAAGACUAUCUUAGCUUCUUAAAUACGGCUAGCAAGGAAGAAUUGAAAAGAUUAAAUGGGAUUGGUGAGAAAAGAGCAACCUACAUACUUGAAUUGCGUGAUGAAUCUCCUAAGCCCUUCAAGACUCUUGAUGAUUUAAAAGAGAUUGGACUUUCAGCGAAGCAGAUUAAAGGAAUGAUGAAGAAGGAAGUUGGAGGGCUUUUCAAUUAG